CAAAUGGCUUCAAUUGUGUUCACAACGACUUAUUCACUAAUAUGGAUUGCAGCAAUUGUAUCAAGUGCACGGGUAUAUCCUCCAAAUGAAGUGACGUUGCUGGAUUCAAGAACCGUGCAAGGCGAGCUGAAAUGGGUUGCAAGUCCAACGGAGGGAGGGUGGGAAGAGGUCAGCAUCAUGGAUGAGAAGAACACGCCCAUCAGGACGUACCAGGUUUGCAAUGUGAUGGAACCUAACCAGAACAACUGGCUCCGUACCGACUGGAUCCCACGUGGCGGGGCCCAGCGCGUAUACAUUGAGAUCAAAUUUACCCUGCGUGACUGCAACAGCCUGCCCGGUGUGAUGGGAACCUGUAAGGAAACCUUUAACCUCUACUACUACGAGUCUAACAAUGACAAAGAACGAUACAUCAGAGAGAACCAGUUCAACAAGAUCGACACCAUCGCCGCCGAUGAAAGCUUCACUCAGGUUGACAUUGGAGAUCGCAUCAUGAAGCUAAACACAGAGGUUCGAGACGUCGGCGUCCUUACCCGCAAGGGCUUUUACCUGGCCUUCCAGGACGUAGGGGCUUGUAUCGCCUUGGUGUCCGUACGGAUCUUCUAUAAGAAGUGCCCUCUCACAGUGCGCAAUCUUGCUCAGUUUCCGGACACCACGACCGGGGCGGACACCUCAUCUUUGGUGGAGGUGCGUGGAUCAUGCGUCGACAACUCUGAAGAAAGGGAAGUGCCUAAGAUGUACUGCGGGGCAGAUGGAGAAUGGCUGGUUCCUAUCGGAAACUGCCUGUGUAACCCGGGGUUUGAGGAGCGUGGAGGUGCAUGCCAGGCCUGUAAGAUUGGUUACUACAGGGCUCUGGCUACAGAUGACAGCUGUUCUAAGUGUCCCUUGCACAGUUACUCCGUGAGAGAGGGCUCCACGUCCUGCGUCUGCGACAAAGGCUUCUUCCGCUCGGAGACUGACCCAGCCUCCAUGGCCUGUACCCAACCUCCCUCAGCUCCUCAGCACCUCAUCUCCAAUGUCAACGAGACGUCGGUCAACCUGGAGUGGAGCCCCCCCGCCUCCUCUGGCGGUCGGCAGGACCUGACAUACAACGUGGUGUGUAAACGCUGCGGAUCGGACGGCCAGAGGUGCCAGGCCUGUGGGAACGGGGUCCACUUUUCCCCCCAGCAGCUGAGCCUACGCUCCACCAGGGUUUCCAUCAAUGACCUACAGGCCCACACCAACUACACGUUUGAGAUCUGGGCUGUCAAUGGAGUAUCUCAACAGAGCCCUGGACCAGAACAAGCUGUGUCUGUCACCGUGACCACCAACCAGGCUGCUCCCUCUCCAGUUACAUCCAUCCAGGCCAAGGACAUCACCAGACAUGCUGUGUCCCUGGCAUGGCAACAACCUGAGAGACCCAAUGGGGUCAUCCUGGAGUAUGAGGUCAAGUACUAUGAGAAGGAUCAGAAUGAGCGCAGCUACCGAAUAAUGAAGACUUCAUCUCGUAGUGCUGACAUCAAAGGCCUGAGUCCGCUCACCUCAUACGUGUUCCACGUCCGUGCUCGCACCGCGGCCGGAUACGGAGAAUUCAGCGCACCUUUCGAAUUUAUGACCAACUCAGUCCCAUCGCCUAUCAUUGGUGAUGGAGCGAACUCUACUGUGCUGCUGGUCUCAGUGAUUGGCAGUGUGAUCCUUUUGCUUAUCUUCAUCGGAGUCUUCAUCAUCAGCCGCAGGAGGAGUAAAUACAGCAAGGCCAAGCAAGACUCCGACGAAGAAAAACACUUACACCCAGGGGUCAGAAUCUAUGUGGACCCCUUCACGUACGAGGACCCCAACCAAGCCGUCCGUGAAUUCGCCAAAGAGAUCGACGCCUCCUGCAUAAAGAUAGAAAAGGUCAUCGGCAUCGGAGAGUUUGGGGAGGUUUGCAGCGGCCGUCUGAAGAUGCCAGGCAAGCGAGAAAUCUGUGUGGCCAUUAAAACAUUAAAAGCAGGAUACACUGACAAGCAGAGGAGGGACUUUCUGAGUGAGGCCAGCAUCAUGGGACAGUUUGAUCAUCCCAACAUCAUCCGUCUGGAGGGAGUGGUCACCAAAUGUAAACCAGUCAUGAUCAUUACUGAGUACAUGGAGAAUGGAUCUCUGGAUGCUUUCCUGAGGAAGAACGACGGUCGUUUUACGGUUAUCCAGCUUGUGGGAAUCCUGCGUGGUAUCGCCUCGGGAAUGAAGUAUCUGUCGGACAUGAGCUACGUCCACCGCGACCUGGCGGCACGGAAUAUUCUGGUCAACAGUAACCUCGUGUGCAAAGUGUCUGAUUUUGGCAUGUCGCGAGUGUUGGAGGAAGAUCCUGAGGCUGCGUAUACAACUAGGGAAAUAACGGGAACCUAUCAAUCACAGGGAGGAAAGAUUCCCAUUCGCUGGACGGCCCCCGAGGCCAUCACUUACAGGAAGUUCACCUCUGCCUCUGAUGUCUGGAGCUACGGCAUCGUCAUGUGGGAAGUGAUGUCGUACGGAGAGCGUCCGUACUGGGACAUGAGUAACCAGGAUGUAAUAAAGGCCAUUGAGGAAGGCUAUAGGCUGCCUCCACCCAUGGACUGCCCUGUGUCUCUACACCAGCUGAUGCUGGAUUGCUGGCAGAAAGAGCGUGCUGAGAGGCCAAAGUUCAGUCAGAUCGUCAACAUGCUGGACAAGCUUAUUCGCAAUCCCAACAGCUUGAAGAGGACCGGAGGAGAGAUAGCCAGACCCAACACCACCCUACUUGAACCCAGCAGCCCAGAGUUUUCCUCCCCUCUGGGUUCUGUAGCCGACUGGCUUCAGGCCAUCAACAUGGAACGGUACCGGGACAACUUCACGGCUGCUGGCUACACUACCCCUGAGGCUGUGGUCCACAUGACGCAGGAAGAUAUGGUCAGGAUAGGGAUAUCCUCCGCAGCACAUCAGGACAAGAUCCUUACCAGCGCACAGGGAAUACUGUCCCAGAUGCAACAGAUACAAGACCGGAUGGUUCCUGUCUGA